AAAUAUCCCUGCUGAUAGGCUAUAACAUCACAGUUUUCUAAAUUACUUUAUACGACCGUGUCGCAGUAAUUGUCCAAGUAAACGACCUAAGGAUAUUCUAAAGAAUUGUUUACUAUAUUGCUAAACAUGGAAAACUUUGUGUGUAUUGCUUUAAUUGCAAUGCUUUCACUGGCGGCCGCAGUACCACAACGACUCCAACGGCCUGUUGUUGUUAGUCCAGGCGAUCAAAUACCAAUACUCAGACAAGAGCAAGAAGUUAAUUUUGAUGGCUCUUACAAGUAUUCUUAUGAAACUGGAAAUGGCAUAACGGCGGAAGAGCAAGGUUAUCUGAAAAAUCCAGGCUCGCAAGCAGAAGCUCAGGUGGCUGCUGGCUUCUUUGCCUACACUUCACCAGAAGGUAUACCCAUACGUCUUUCUUAUAAUGCCGAUGAAGAAGGCUUCGUACCGCAAGGCGAUCAUUUGCCAACGCCGCCACCUAUACCACCAGCCAUACAAAAAGCUUUAGCUUAUUUGGCAACUGCACCACCACAAGUAGAUCAACCACGGCCUCAACCUUUCGGAAGAGGAUAAAUUUUGAAAAAUUUCCAAUUCAAAAUAAGCAACAAAAGUUUUUAUGUGAUCUGAGAUCUAAUAACAAUUACUGGGUCGUUUGCUGCCACUCUAUGUCAUGUUACACAAUUAUUGUAUUUUGCUCGUAUAACAUUUUAAAAUA